AUGGGAAAUAAUACGUGGAAAGUAAUUGUUACUACGGCUCUUAUAUCAGUGUUUUCAUCGCACUUAGUCAAGGCUGCGUGGAAAGAAUAUAAACUUUCGUGUGCGGCUAACAAGAACAAAAUUGUAUUGCAGCCUCGUCAAUAUGAUGAGGACUUAUACAGGGAGCAAUUGGCUCGUAACUAUGCUUUUCUCGGUGAAGAAGGUAUGAGAAAGGUCAAGGAACAAUAUAUAGUUAUCGUCGGUGCUGGAGAAUUGGGAUCGUGGGUAUGUACAAUGUUAAUCCGUUCAGGAUGCCAGAAGAUGAUGAUUAUUGAUCCAGAAAACAUAACCAUUGAAUCUUUGAAUACACAUUGCUGCGCGACCUUAUCAGAUGUUGGAAAGCACAAAGUCGAAUGUCUGAAGGAACAUCUGUCCAAGGUUGCUCCUUGGUCCGAAAUAAAAGCAAAAGCCAAGGCAUGGACUAAAGAAGCUUCAGAAGAAUUAAUUUUUGCAGACGGUGAUUCUCCAACCUUUAUUGUGGAUUGUCUAGAUAAUCUAGAAUCCAAGGUAGACUUAUUGGAAUAUGCUCAUAAUAAUAAAAUAAAUGUUAUCUCUUCCAUGGGCAUCGCCACUAAAUCGGAUCCGACUCGUGUGAAUAUAAGUGACAUUUCUAUGACAGAAUUUGAUCCUAUAUCUCGUUGUGUAAGAAGGAAAUUGAGAAAAAGAGGUAUCAUCACAGGAAUACCUGUUGUUUUUAGCAAUGAAAUGCUUGAUCCACGUAGGGACGAUGUACUUUCCUCCGUAGAUAUCGAACACCAUGCUAUCAAUGCUAAUAGAGAUGAGGCUUUAAGGCAUUUACCGGAAUUAGGAACUAUGCCCGGUAUUUUUGGUUUGAGUAUUGCGACAUGGAUUUUAACGAAAGUUUCAGGCUAUCCAAUGAAGAAAAAUGAAGUCAAAAACAGACUGAAAUUUCAUGAAAGCAUUUUAGAGACUUUUAAAAAGCAAAUGGAACGGUUGAAUGAAGAUAAAGACCAAUCAUCAUUGAUUGUGUUAAAAGAAGUCGGAUACAUAGUUGAAGAAAUGUUCAGAGGAAAAUCUCCUAUCAGUGGAUAUUCUACAAAGUUAGCUCUAACAAAAUGGAAAGCUGAUAAAGAGGUCUCCUUUACCAACCUUGUUCUUUUGACGAAAGACGAGCAAGAAAUUCAUGAAAAGAGGGUUUUGCGUGAUGGUGAAAAACUAACGGCAGUUUACUCUAGUGAAGUUCUCAACGUCAUUGAAAGGAUUUUCAAAGAGGAACAAUACUAUUCUUAA